AUGUAUGACAUGGCUCGAGGUUCGGCGAUGCAAGACAAGCAGGAGCAAGAGGUCGUCAAGAGUCUCACGGCCAACUGGGUUUGGCCUGCCAAUUGGGUUGACUCAUCUGAAAGGAACACUGCUGGACGCAUUGUCGAGUUCACACGACAAUUUGACCUCGCAUACAACCCUGACCGAGCUCUUUUGUACUGUUCCGCCGAUACGCGAUACAAACUAUACGUGAAUGGCGCACGGGUCGCCGUGGGGCCCAGCAGAGGGUGUUGUUCGAUCUGGUACUAUGACACUGUCGACAUCCAGCCAUACCUCCACCUGGGCGAGAACCAGAUACAAUUCGUCGUUCUACGAUAUUUUGCAUCGUCACGGGCAGCCAUGCCUUUCGAGCGAACGGCAUUUCCAGGUGUGUCGAUCUACGGCAGGAUCCAGGCUGGCAAACAGGCAGUGGACCUGGACACCCCAGGAGAAUGGAGAGCUCAAAUCAACGACAGCAUCCUCUUCCCGACUGGAUUGAUCGACGACGUCUUUUUGCAUAUCAAUGAACGCGUCAGCCCAACUGGUCCUCCCGAGUCGGUCAAGCCUAAAGCAUAUGGAUUUAAGACCCUCAAUGGCGAACUAAGCCCCUGGCGACUACGUCCACGCUCCAUUCCGAUGCCAGAAGAGACCAUUGUUGCGGUGGACACCAUCAGGGCUUGCCACAGCCCCCUCGCGACCGACGACUGGGCCAAGUAUCUUUCCGCGAGCAAGCCCAUCACACUCCCGGCUGGCUCCUCGCACACUCUGGAACUACAAGCUGAAGUACACUCAACAGCCUUUCUGCGAUGGACAUUUUACGCCCAGCAAUCCUCCCAGAUAAAGCUGAAAAUUAUGUAUUCCGAGGGAUAUGAGCACGAGCCACGCUCCUAUCCCUUCUUUCGCACAAAAUCUGAUCGACUUGACGCUACUGAAGGUCAUCUUAUUGGGCCUUUCGAUGAGGUAAUUCUGGACGUCCCAGUAGGCCAAAGGGUCACCUAUGAGCCUUUCUGGUUCAGAACCUUUCGGAUCAUACGUCUAAACGUUGUGGUCGGCUCAGCCGCAGUGUCAAUGGAGUCAUUUCUGGCGAAGCAAGUCAACUAUCCUCUCAAUGUCAAGGCCAGCUGGCGCGACGCUCAGGAUGCCGACAGCUGUAAAAUUUGGGAUGUCUCCAUCAGAACCCUGCGGAACUGCAUGUUUGAUGCGUAUGUUGACUGUCCGUUCUAUGAGCAGCUUCAGUAUUCGGGCGACAGUCGUCUGACCGGCUUGUUCCAUUAUUUGCUCUCGGGGGAUGACAGGCUCAUGCGCCAAACAAUUACGAACUUUGCCGCAUCCAUCACCCCCGAGGGUAUGACACAGUCUCGCUUCCCCUCUCAUGUGCCACAAAUCAUUGCAGGCUUUUCGCUCUUCUGGGUCCUGCAAGUAUGCGAUCACUACCUCUUCUUCGGCGACACCAAAUACACACGCUCGUUCCUUCCCCGCAUCGAUGGAAUCUUGGAGUUUUUUGACAGCCAUGUUGACGAAGACGGUCUGAUUGGAGGAUUGCCGAAAGAUAUGUGGCAGUACGUUGACUGGGUGACAUCGUGGGGUGCAACAGAUGAGCAUGAAGAUAAAGGCGUGCCUACAUCAGGCAGGACCACUAACCGUCACACAUAUUUCAGUCUCCUGUACGCCUAUGUUCUGAAACAAGCAGCAUGGUUGGUCCGCGAAGUCAAUCGACCAGGCUAUGCCCUUGAAUUCGAAACACGAGCAGAGAGUAUGAUUGAAGCCGUCCGAAAGCACUGCUAUGACGGACGCUUUUUCACCGACUCGACUGCUGAUGUCGCACGCGAGGACGCUUAUUCUCAACAUUGUCAAGUCUUUGCCGUCUUGUCGGGUGCGGUGCCUGAGUCCGAACGCACUCGGUUAUUGCAGGAAUCCUUCGCACGGCCCGACUUUUCCGAAUGCUCCUACGUGAUGAAGUUUUAUGCCUUAAGAGCAUUUGCCCUCGCCGGAGAAGAAGCAUACGCAUCGUUCUGGACUCGAGUAUGGGACCCUUGGAGAAAGAUGCUCAGGAAUAAUCUGUCAACCUGGGAGGAGGACGAUGUGCGGCAACGCUCAGACUGUCACGCGUGGGGCAGCGUUCCAAUCUACGAAUAUUGCACCGAGUUGGCAGGGGUUCAGCCAGUUGCCCCGGGUUGCAAGAAGAUUCUAUUCAAACCUCGGCUCCACUUGAGCAAGGAAAUCGACGCCGAAAUGGCGUUGGGCAGCGACAAUGUUGCGAAGGUGUCGUGGACUUCGGGCGAAGAUGGUCACAAGCAUGUCAAGUUACGACUAGCUAGGGCAGUCGAAGUGGUCAGUGUACUUCCAGGAGGCGCGCGGCGAUCCCAUGGGGUGACAGACAAUCUCGAGCUAGAUUUCGCGCCUCACCCACAUCUCUAG